GCUAAGGAAGCGCAUUUCCUGCCUCCCUGGGCCGGGCUGGAUGAGCCGGGAGAGCUCCCGCUGCCGUGGGUCACCCCAGCCUCCAUCUGCGUCCCCGUCCUGAGCCGGGACCGUCGCCCCUGUCGCUGUCCACAGGAGCCGGUGCCCCCUCCUCGCCCCCCGACGACCAGCGCCCCCGGCCAACCGAGUCCCGCGCACGCUUCUCUUGACCCCUCGGCCGCCACCCCAGAAGGCUGGAGCAGGGACGCCGCCGCUCCGGCCGCCUGCUCCCCUCGGAUCCCUGCGCGAGCCCACGCCGGCCCCGGCGCCCGCCCGCAGCCCUGCCCCUGGACACCGGAUAGGGCCCCGCGCACGGAGUCCCGGGCCACGGCAUGGACCACUGCGCGCUCGUCCUCGGCGUCGCCCUGCUGCUGGCUGCCUGCGGCCUCGGCCCCACAGCAGGUCUUGCGGAAAAUGUGCACUGUGACCUACAGCCCGUGGACCCCCACAGAGGCGAGGUGACCUACAUCACCAGCCAGGUCUCAGAGGGCUGCGUGGCGCAGACUCCUGGUGCGACGCUAGAAGUCCACAUCCUCUUCCUGGAGUUCCCAAGGGCUGUGUCACAGCUGGAGCUGACCCUCCAGGCAUCCAAGCCAAAUGGAACCCACCCUCAAGAGGUGCUUCUGGUCCUUGUCACGAACACAAACGUCUUUCUGCAGCUCCAGGCCCCAGGAAUCCCGCUCCGCCUAGCCUACAAUGCCAGCCUGGUCAUCUUUCAAGAGCCCCCAAAAGUCAACGUCACUCAGCUGCCACCGUUUACUACCAAGACCAAGAUCCUUGACUGGGCCGCGACCAAGGGCCCCAUCGCCUCAGUGGCCUCACUGGACGACCCCGGCAACAUCCUCCUCCGCCUGGGCCAAGCCGCGAAGUCCCCGUCCUUCUGCCUGCCAGAAGCCCCGCACGACAUGGGCCGCACGCUUGAAUGGCGGCCGCAGGCCCCCGCCUCGGUCCGGGGCUGCCGCUUGGAAGGCGUGGCCGGCCACAAAGAGGCGCACAUCCUGCGGGUCCAGCCGGGGCCCAGCGACGAGCCCCGGACGGUGACCCUGAAGGUGGAGCUGAGCUGCGCGGCCGGGGCCCCCGAUGCCGUGCUCAUUCUGCAGGCUGCACCCUACGUGUCCUGGGUCAUCGAUGCCAACCACAACGUGCAGGUCUGGACCACCGGCGGAUACUCCUUCAAGAUCUUCCCCGAGAAGCACAUCCCGGGCUCUGCGCUCCCAGAGACCCUGCCAGGCCUACUGGGAAAGGCCCGCAUGCUCAAUGCCAGCGUGGUGGCCUCCUUCGCGGAGCUCCCUCCGGCCCGCGACAUCUCCCUGCGGGCCAGCUGCGGCGGUGGGCUACCGACCUCGCCUGCGCCCGUCCCCACCACCCCACCCAAGGAGAGCUGCAGCCCGCACCUGCUCCUGUCCAUGGUCCAGCCCACCUGCGCCAACGGCGUCAUGACACUGGUCCUCAAUAAAGACCACGUGAAGGCUCUGCAGUGCGACAUCACUAGCCUGACCUUCUGGGACCCCACGUGCCAGGCCAAGGACAGCAAUGACCAGCUGGUCUUGCGCAGCAACUACUCGGGCUGCGGCAUGCAAAUGACACCACACACGAUCAGCAAUGAGGUGGUCAUCAGUAUCCUGUCGGAGUCAUUGCCACUGAGGAAAAACGUUAAGUGCUUCCAUAUGGAGGGCCUCUCCUUCCACCUGGGCCUCUACCUCAGCUCACACUUCCUCCAGGCCUCCAGCACCAUGGAGCUGGGGCAGCAGGGCUUUGUGCAGGUGACCAUGGCCCCAUCCACUCCUGACGUCACGUUCCUGCUAGAAAGCUGUCACCUGGACUUGGGGCCUGAGGCGGACACUGUGGAACUCAUCCAAGGCCAGGCGGCCAAGAGCAGCUGUGUGAGCCUGCUGCCCCCCGGCCCUGAUGGUGCCGCACGCUUCAGCUUCCUUCUCCGUGUCUACAGGGUGCCCGUCCCCACGGCCGGCACCCUCAGCUGCACUGUGACCCUGACAGCCAAGAACCUGCCCCAGAAAGUGCAAAGGUCCGUCUCCAUGCGUGUGAACCUCGUCAGCUCCGACCUGUCUGGUAAAGGCCUCGUCCUGCCCGCCGUGCUGGGCAUCACCUUUGGCGCCUUCCUCAUCGGGGCCCUGCUCACCGCCGCACUGUGGUUCAUCUACUCCCACACGCGCCCCCCUGGCAAGCAGGAGCCCGUGGUGGCAGUGGCUGCCCCCGCCUCCUCUGAGAGCAGCAGCACAAACCACAGCAUCGGGAGCACCCAGAGCACCCCCUGCUCUACCAGCAGCAUGGCAUAGCGCCUGGUCCGGAGCCCCAGGGGCCCCAGCCAGCCCUCGCCCAGCAGGAGAUGCUAUGCAGCCACCAGCUGGGAACCACUGGCCAGGAGCUCGCCCCAGGACCCCAGUGCCUUGCCGCCGCCAUCCUGGACGGAGCACACCCUCUGCACCCGCCCCUCCUGCCUGCCGCUCAGGGGCCAGCUGCCAGUGGGGGCACCAGCCUGGAACUCGGGGGUCCCCGCCCCCUUGCACAGAACCUCUAAACCCAGGGCCUGUAGGACACGGCUGCCUAGGACCACAUAGACCGCUGUCCUGUGCAUUCACGUCGCUAUAGACACUAGGGGCCCUGCCCUUCGAACCCAGAACAAGUGCUGGGGAGCCGCGCCGACCAGGUGUGAACCCGAGGACUCGGCAGCCGUCACCAUCCGGGAGGACGAGGGCCUGGCCCAGAGCCACCUGGAGCUGGUCCCUGAGGCCUCCACGCCUGCACUGGCAUGACUUUGAUGGGGAACACGAAGCUGAUGGGUACCUGGCCUGGGAGCCCCAAGGGCCACAUUCCUGGCCCAUCAGGUGGGGAGUGGCCAGGCCCCUCGUCCUGGGCCCACCCCUUUAUGUCCACGGUCAAUAAAUCCGACAUGAAACCAGG